ACCGUAAUUCAACCCAUCAACAAAACAAUCCUGAGGUAAUGGUGAUCUUGACUUGGACCUUCCCAUACUUAUCAACCAGUCCAUAAUAAUCCCUAAUCCCUGGCAAUAACGGAUGGUGACCUGUGGCUGACAGGGUAACAUCCCAUCUAUACAAUACUAAUACUACCUACAUAUCUACGACAUCAAUCCGACAUCCAGAUGCUAUCAGGGCACUUUAGGCCGUAUUUAUAGAUAAGUAGUAUCGCCCCGACACUAACAGAUAUCUAUCUCCUUCCCCGCCUCAGCUUCCCCUCAUCCCAACUGACCCGACCCUUCCCUCCAUCCAAACAGCCAAACACCCUCCCAUCCCCAAACCAAACCCAGAGCCCCAAGAAACCCCUAAACAAAAAGAACCAAAGAACAGAACAGAACAGAAAAGGGGAAGAAAAAAUGACCACACCAGCAAACCCAACCCCGCACCUCUCUGCCCUCCAACGCGACGGCUUCGUGGUCAUCCCCUCCCUCCUCACGUCCGAAGAGAUCACGCACUUCCGCACGAUCGCCACGGCAGCCACAACCCUCACCCGAGCCGGACAAUGGCCUCACUUCCGAACAGUGCCGAAGCAAUUCCCGCCGUGGCCCACGACCCCGCCCCCCGCCUCGGAAGGCGGCAUCUGGGGCGUCCAGCACCUGCUACACCCCGAGAUGCCCGGACGGACCGAAUUCGCACGGUUCUACUUCUCCGCGAAAGUCCUCGCGGUGGUGGAGGAGCUGCUGGGCGUGGACGCGGAAAAGAUAGCCCAGGGCGGGGGCGAGGAGCCGCUUCUCAUGGAGCUGUUCAAUCUGCUGGUCGCGCCGGAGACCAAGGACUUUGAGCUGCGCUGGCACCGCGAUGAUAUCCAGGAGACGGUGACGCCGGAGGAGGAGCUGAGGCUGUUGCAGGCGCGCAGCCCGCAGGGCAGGCAGUCGCAUGCGCAGUAUAAUCUGGCGCUGUGUCCGGAUGAGUCCCUCAUUGUGGUUCCGGGGUCGCAUCGGCGGGUGAGGACGGAGGUGGAGCGGAAUGCGGAUCCGUAUGAGGCGGAAUUGCCGGGGCAGUUGGUCGUUAAGUUGCAGCCGGGUGAUGCGGUGUUCUAUGAUAGUAAUAUUCUGCAUCGGGGCGUGUAUAAGGCUAAGGCUGAGGGGGCGGAGGAAACUCGCCUUACUCUUCAUGGAUGUCUGGGGUUGAAUGCGCUGGCGUCGGCCGGGAAUGAGGAUAAGAAGGUCCGCGCUACGGCGAUUCUGCAGCAUGGGGUUGGUGCCUGGGUUCACCGUGAUGAUGCGGCUUUUGGCAUCGGAGAGCGGCCUGAGAAGAUGAGGGCGAACCUGGUGGCUAUGGGGACGGGGGAAGGUGUUGGGUAUUCUCUACAGGGGUAGAUAUUUACCAUCCAGAAUCCCAUGGUUUGGGGGGUGUAAAUACGUGUGAUGCCAUCGAUAUCGAGAACUACUAGUAUUGUCCGUGCGUACAUACGUUGAUCCACCAACCAACCCACACGGGCCAUUGUUGCCUGCAACCAGCCAAAGUAGACUUAUCUGGAUGGAUAAAUACCCUGAACCGAG